GUUCAACCAUUUGAACAAAUGUCAAAGGACGCACCACCACCAACAGAGCCGCAACAUGACCCAACAGCACUCUUGACGCAAGCCAACAAGGCUCUCGAUGACUGCCACCCUGACCUUGCUCGGAAGUUUCUCCUCCGUGCCUUGGAACUCCAACCCAACAAUGUGGACAUACUCGAGAGUCUCGGGGUGGCAGAAAUGGAGGACAUGACAGCAGCAGGCGAAGAAGGGGAAGAGGACCGUGUGGGGGAAUGCGCAAGGCGUGCCAGAGAAUACUUCUUGCGCGCUGCUGAGCUCAGUCCUGGUCAAGGGUAUGCAAAAUAUCUCUAUUUGGGGCAGUUGAGUGAAGGGAAGGAAUCGUUAGAGUUUUACGAGAAUGGAGUGGAGGCUUUGGAAAAGGCACUUGCUGAAGUAGCUGGAAACAAAGAGGAGGAAGCGAUUAUACGAAGGAGGCUUUCAGAAGCACUAUGUUCGAUGGCAGAGAUCUACAUGACAGAUUGCUGCGACGAACCAGAAGCCGAAGCAUCCUGCGAAACAUUCUCCUCCAAAGCCAUCUCCUAUGAUCCCACCAAUCCCGAAGCCCAUCAAACCCUCGCUUCCGUUCGAAUGUCCCAAUGCCGUCCCGACGAUGCCCGCAAAGCAAUAGAAACUAGUAUGGAUAUAUGGAUCAACAGUGCCGCCCCUGGUGACAAAGACUGGCCUGUCUAUCCCGCUCGGAUCGCCUUGGUCAAGGUAUUAUUGGAAUUGUCGCUACAUGAGCGUGCCUUGACAGUACUACAGACGAUUCAAAACGAAAAUGACGAGGAUCCUGAAGGGUGGUAUUUGUAUGGUUGGUGUUACUAUCGAAUGGGGGGUGGUGGAGAAGAGGAUGAAAAGGUCGUUGAUCUUGCUGAGAAGGCAGAGUGCUGGGACAGUGCGAGGGAAUGCUUUGAAACUGUUCUUCAGCUCCAUGAACGAUAUGGCGGCGCGGAAGAAGAGAUGGUGGAGCAUACUUCACAGUUGUUGGAGCAAAUAUUACAAUUUUUGGCAGUACAUGGCGUGGACAAUGCAAAUUCAAUGCAAGUUGAAGACGAAGGCGACGAAGCAAUGGAACUGUAACUUAGGGCUGUUAUGCCAAUUCAUUCUCACGGGCACACACAGCAUAUGCGCUUAUUAGAUGCAUUUAAUAUAUGGACAUUUCACAUGCCGUGUUCAGAUCUA